AUGGAUUUGAAAAAACAGAAGUUAUUACAUACCGAACGUCACAACAACAUUGGUGAAGCUGAGGAUAGGAUUAGCGAAUUACCUGAUUCAGUUCUUCAUCGUAUUCUUUCUUUCCUUGAUAUCAAGCAUGUUGCUCGUACUUGUAUACUAUCUAAAAGAUGGAAAUACAUAUGGGCAUCUAUCCCCACUCUUGAUCUGUCAAGAGUCUCAAGAUCCGCUACGUUAUCGGAGAUCAAUAAACUCAUGGAUUUUGUGGAUAGAACAUUGCUUCUUCAUGACACGUCAUCAAGUAUUCAAAAGUUCCAUCUCCACACUAAUAUACACAUGAGUGUAUCUCGGGUUCAUUCAUGGAUCUCUAAUAUAACAAAGCGCAAUGUCAAAGAACUCGAUCUUUAUUUAGAUUUCUACGAACCUUUUUUCAUUCCGUUAUCUCUUUUUACCUGUGAAUCCUUGAUUAAAUUGGAGCUAGCUUUAUUCGAUGCUACCGAUCUUCCUAGAAGUUUUUGUUUUCCAAAACUCAAGAGCCUUAAACUCUGUGGAAUCCAAUUUACUAAUGAUGAUUGCUGGAACGAGCAACACUUUUCUUACUGCCCUGUCCUUGAAAAUUUGAUUUUGGAGGAGUGCACUUGGUUUGGUGUGAGCAAUUUCUGUAUCUCAACUCCUAUGCUGAAACUUUUGGAAAUUGAAAACAAUGGCUUCAGUGAUGGUUUACCAGACUGUUCUCUCAAAGUUCAUGCACCAAAUUUAGUGUCACUUUCCUAUUAUGGAUGUGUGGCAAAGAAGUAUGUUUUUUCCUGCUUUCAAAAACUGAAAUUUGCUAGAGUAUGCCUAACUUGUAAAAAAGGUGCACCAUGGGAGCAAAAUAUAGCUUAUCGGAAAAAUAUAACUUAUGGUGCAGCUGUAAGAAGGUUUAUUCGGGCGGUUGCACAUGUACAAAGUCUAACAUUAUAUCCUGAAGCCCUAAAGGCUGUCUCUAUCGUAUAUGACCUCGGAAACAUCCUACCUAUAUUUCAUUAUUUGAAAGAGUUGAUCCUGAAGGUUGGAAUAACCACUGAUGAAUCACUUUUCUGGUUGCUCAAAGCAGUACCUAAUUUGAGGGUGCUUGUAUUCGAAGAGGGUAUCUACCACGAUGAACAUGGCCAGGAAAAAGAUAGUUGGGCUCGUCUUAUGUUGACAGAAGGAUGUUUGUUUCAACACCUCCAGACACUUUUCCUUGGGUCUUUUAAUCGGGAUGCGAGGGAGAUGAGAUGGUUGAAGCUAAUUUUGGAGAGUGCAAGAUCUUUGCAGACAAUUUCAAUUAGUGAUGACAUGGAUGCAAAAAGCGAAGAAGAACUUAUCUCAGAAUUACAAAGUCUUCCUAGAGCCUCUGAGGGAUGUGAGUUUAAGAUUGUCCCAUGCGAUUAG